AUGAAAGAAGAUGAGAAAAUAAAAAAUAAUCAAAUGAUUUCUGCUGACACACCUGUGUUGUUAGCUAAAGCAUGCGAGUUGUUUAUUAUGGAGUUUACUAGAUAUGCGUGGCAAUAUACAGAAGAAAAUAAAAGGAGGACAUUGCAAAGACAGGACGUUAUAGCAGCUGCUUGUCGAAAAGAUAUUUUUGAUUUUUUAAUAGAUUUAAUAUCUAUAGAAGAUAGAAUUAAAUAUUCAAAUUUAAAUUAUAAAGAAAAUUCAAAAAAAAACUCAAAUAAAAUUAAUUUUGAUAUGAUGAAACAAUAUUAUAACAUUAAUUCAUCACACCUCGAUGAAGAUAAUCAAAAUAUUAAUUCAUUAAAUAUAUCUAAUAUAGCGAAUUCUAAUAAUUCAUAUAUGAUUGAUUAUUCAAAUAAUACUAGCCUUUUUAGUAAAUCAACUACUAAUUUGAGCUCGAUCUAUAAUAUUAAUGAUCAAGAUAAUAUAAUUAAGAAUUCAUUAUUGGGCGAUACUAAUAAUUUUCCUAUUAAUAUCAAUCCCUACAUCCAUAAUAAUGAAAAUAUUUCCAAUAGACUCAUUAAAAGAAAUACUAAUCAAAUUGGAACUCCAACUGCUCAUAUCAAUAACAAAAAAAAUCCUACUAGAACCUCAGGCCUGUAUGAAGAAAAUAUAAGCCCUGUAAUUCGAACAGAUUCACGAGUUAAAAAUCGAAAUACAAAAAAUAUAUCAAAUUAUAAUAAUAAUAUAAAUAUGCAUAAUAUUGAUGAUAUCUCAAAAUAUUAUAUUAAUAACGACCAAAUUAACAAUAACAACUUUUCGAUGAAUGAACCCAAUGCAAAUAAUAACGAGAUGAAUGAUUAUUCACAUUUUAAUAUGUAUGAUGUUAAUAAUAAAGAAAAUUAUUAUAAUGAAGAAUACGUAAAAAAUAUGUUAAACAAUUCUAAUGAUGGUAUUGUUAAUAAUCCAAACAAUCCUCAAAGCGACAUUUUUGAAAAUGGUCUAUCUGAAAGGCCCAUGAGCAUUACCAACUUAUCAGGAGCCAAUGAUUUCACACCAAACAGAUAUAAUAAUAACACCGCCAAUAGUAUAUAUCCCAUUAAUAUGGCUUGUAAUAACUCUCUAGAAAAUGAUAGCCAUAAUUCAAAUCUAAAUUUAAAUAUGCAUACAACUCAAACAUCAUACAAUGGAAUAAAUAAUAAUAUGUUAAAGAAGAACAGUUCCAAUUUUCUUUCAAAUUAUAAACACGUACAAGACAUGCAUAUAAAUGGCAUGCUUCCAAAUUUACAAAAUUAUCAAAAUAAUAAAAAUGAUGAAGAAAAUAUUGACCAUCAUAUAAAAUCACAACACGGUUAUAAUGCUUAUAACAAUUAUCAUAAUAAUAACUCUUCAAGUAAAUCAAAUAAUAAUUUAAUUAAUGUUUCUAAUGGAAAUCAAAUUGGAUAUAUGAUAAACUCCAAAAAUACUAUGAAUACAAAAACUAUGAAUAUGCACGAUACUGCAAUGUAUCAUUCUUUCUAUGGUAUGAACAACAAUAUGAAUAAUGCUGAUUUUCCUAACAUGGUAAUUAAAAAUAUGACACAAAAAGAUCUAAAAAAUAACAUAUCGGUAAAUAGGAUAACUAAAAAAAAUAAUAAUAGCAAAAAUAAUAACAUCCCUAAGUACAAUAACUCAAUUCAUCAAAAUAAUAUAAUUAAUCAAAAUCAUAUUGUCAAACAUAACAGCAUUGUUUUGAAUGAUUUUAAUAAUGCUAUUAAUAAUACAAUUCCUGAUAAUUAUAAUAACGAAUUGAUAAACUUAAAUUCAAUGCAAAAUCAAACAAAUUCUGACUUAAACAAAGACAUUUUAAAUAAUUAUUAUAAAUUAAAUAAUAAUACAAAUACACAAAAUAAUUCUGCAUCUGUAACUAAAAAUUCUAAUAUAGACAAUACAAAUAAUAUUGGAAAUCGAAACGUUAACAAUGCUCAUAUUUCCGGUAAUAACCUAAAUACAAUUUGCCAUAAUAACCAUUAUUAUUCUCAUAUAAAUCAAAUAACUGACUCGAAUAAUCAUAACAUAAAUAAUAUUAUUUCAAAAGAGAAUCGAACAAAUGAAGAUUUACUAAAUGAGGUUCAUUUAAAUGAUGGUAUUAUUGGUAAUAGCCGAUUAAAUGGAAAUCGAUUGAAUAGUAGUAUUUUAAGCAAUAAUGCUGUAUCUACUAAACAAAUGAUAAACAAUAAAAUGAUGACCAGUCAAAUACCAUCUAGCCAAUUAAUAAAUAAUCAUAUUAAUAAUAACCAUAAUGCCCCAAACAAUAAUAUAAGACGAUCAUUAAGUAAUAAAGUAAAUACUCAAUAUGAAAAUAAAUAUAAUAAUAAUAGCAAUCAGCUAAAUCUAACACAUACAAAGCACAUGAACAAUUCAAUAAAUAACAAAUUUAAUUCAUUGAUUGGGGGUUCGGGAUUAAAUAAUAUCGAUGAAAACAUUUUAAGCGAUAUUAUAAAUAAUCCAGAAACAGGCAUACCAAAAAAUACAUCCAUCAAUCUAAUUAAUCAAAAUAUAGAUAAUAACAAUAAUAAUAAUAAUGAUGUUAUGCAUACUCAUUUGAACAAUAUUAAUAUGCCAAAUAUUCAACCAUUAAUUCAAUCUAAUAUUAAACUUAAUAUUGAUCCGAAUGCUCACAUCAAUCCUAAUUUUCAGCUCUUAUCUUAUCAGCAAGCUCCCCAAUAUUCAAUUAAUGAUAAUGCAUAUAUAUGCAAUUUUAAUCCAAAGUAG